UGUGAACUAUGUUGCUCAGCAAUCCCUCAGCCCACGCUCAGCUCUGGGCAUCCGGCUCUUUGCCUGAAGAACUGGUUUUUGGUCUCCAUCAUUGAUGGUUUUAGCACUAAUCACAACUGGUCAUUCGGCCAUACAAAUGUCACCAUGGACCUGGCACCGUCUCCCAACGACCGCUCCGCAUGCCCUGGGUCUCCUCGUUUUGAUGCCGCAGAGAGGCUGCUCGAGUUCGAGAGCUCCGGCGGCGUUUCUCAGGGCGACUGGUGCAAGACCUUCGACACGAUCUUCCAGCUGCCGUAUUGGUACCGGAUGUGGAUCGUUCAAGAAGUAGCUUCAAACCGCAACGUGCUUGUGUAAUGUCGCACGCGUACCAUACCUUGGGGCUCGAUCUGUCGGCUCAUCACUCUACCUAACGCAUCAAAACUCUUCAUCCUUCCUGAUGGUUUGCAAAAGUUAUUCGCCGAGUGGAAAUGAUCCGGGCAGGCGACUCCAGUGAUCCCCGCCUCGGGCUACUUAACUUCGUCCACGACUUCCGCUACUCGAUGGUCACAGCAUCAAAAGACCGGCUCUACGCACUGUGUGGUCUCGUGAAA